AGUCGAGUCUUUGAGCAGCACCUCGACUCAUUCACGGAGAGGAGAUGACCGAUGCAGUAUGCAUUUUCAGGAUCCUGAUGGACGGCCUCUGAAGAAGCGCCGUUUCUUCGCCGAAGACGAGGACCUUUCUGUACCAAUUUCUGCCAGCGAUGGUCCCUCCACUGCAGUCUCUGAAGCCCCGGCUUCUGCUUUGUUGAAGGAAGAAUCUAAUCAAGACUCCCUCGCUCAAGACCCUCAGGAUGCUACGCCGGGCUUUCCUCACUCACAAACAAACUUACCUUCGAGCAGCGUGGUUCCUGGACAGCCUCCAGACCAAGAUCUGCCACUGCCGGAGCAACAGAAAGCAGACGACGCAUUCGAUACUGCCACCUUCCUAGCCAUAGUUGGACAACACGUUCCCGCGAAUAUCAUCACGAGGAUCUUCCAAGCAGCUGGUGGCGAUCUUGAGAGGGCUGUGAACAUCUUCUUCGACGGGUCCUGGAAAACGACCCCGAAUGCCACCAGCCAAACCACGCUAUUACCCCGCGAGCGAGCGCUUCCUGCGCAACCAUCGCCCCCGACAACCCUUCCAUCCCCGAAUCCAUCGAAUAUUACACCAGUCACAGUUCAGGACAACUCGCGACGGACAUCCCAGCCUCGGCUGAGAUACAUCGGCGCCUUCGGUGUCGGAGCGUGGGCCACGAGAAGUGGCGUUGGGCUCGUCAAGCAUGGCGAGCAUGUCAAGAUUGAGCGCGCAAGGUCGCAACCCGUUGCGAAACGUGGUCGCACGGGCAAGAUCAUGAACAACCAGAAAGGCGAUGUGCUCACGCGGUUCACGACCAAGUCCGGUCAGGAGAUCGGGCGUCUCCCUCGGGAAACGGCCGAGUGGGUGUCCACGCUGCUCGAUCAGAAAGUCUGCGAACUCGAGGGAAUCUGCGUCUUCGCGCCGGACAGGAUCCGCGUGAAUGACACGAUCUACCUGCAGCUGUGGUGCUAUCUGCGCAUCGAGGCGUUCCAGCCUCGCUUGCUCGAUCUUGCGACUGAUGAUAACAGGUCGACCACCAUAUUCGAGGAGAAGGAAAGCAUUGAGGAGAAGAAUCUGCGCCUGCGCCAGGUGGCGUUGGUGAAGCUCUUCGAUGAGAUCGGGCUUCAGCCGACUUCGGUCAAUGAUAUGACCAAGCAGCAUAAGAAAGAGGGACUGCUCCGUGCAGCAGAGAUGGCCGAUCAGUAUGAUCGGGUCAAGAAAGAGAAUCAGUCGAAUAACGACUCGUCGGAGGAAGAAGAAACUCCAGAGCUUGAACAAGACCAACUCGACACACUCUACAAGAAGGCUCAGUCGUUCGACUUUGGCAUGCCCGAAGCGCAUCCCCCGUCCACAUUCACUUUGGAUCUACGAAAGUAUCAAAGACAGGCACUGCACUGGAUGCUGGCGAAGGAAACGGACAAAAAAUCGGCGCGCGCAGAGUCUCUGCAUCCCUUGUGGGAGCAGUAUUCCUGGCCGACGAAAGAUGUCGACGACAAGGAGCUGCCCGCCGUGAAGGGGAUAGAUUAUUUCUACGUCAAUCCAUACUCCGGAGAGCUGACAUUGGAGUUCCCGAAGCAGGAGCAGCAUUGUCUCGGUGGCAUUCUGGCUGAUGAGAUGGGUCUUGGUAAGACCAUCGAAAUGCUCAGUCUUGUUCAUUCGCACAGGAAUGAGCCUCGAAAUUCAGGUGGCUUGGUGAGGCUCCCACAAUCUUCCACUGGCAGAGUCUCUGCUCCUUAUACGACUCUGGUCAUUGCACCAACCUCGCUGCUUGCGCAGUGGGAGAGUGAAGCACUGAAGGCUUCUCAGCCCGGAACGCUGAAGGUUCUGAUGUACUACGGAACGGAGAAGAAUGUCAACCUCAGAGAUCUGUGUGCUGCAGGCAAUGCAGCUGCCCCCAACGUGAUCAUCACGAGCUAUGGUGUUGUCCUUGCAGAGCACCGUCACCAUGCGUCCACCGUUCUGUCCCACAUGGGCUCGGGUGGCCUGUUCUCUCUGGACUUCUUCCGGAUCAUUAUCGACGAAGCUCACAUGAUCAAAAACAGACAGUCCAAAUCUGCGAAGGCAUGUUACGACCUCAGCGCGACUCAUCGAUGGGUUCUUACGGGUACACCCAUUGUCAAUCGCCUGGAAGAUCUGUUCAGUCUGGUGCGUUUCCUCAAGGUCGAGCCCUGGAACAACUUCUCUUUCUGGAAAACAUUCAUUACCGUGCCGUUCGAGUCGAAAGACUAUGUUCGAGCUCUGAACGUCGUACAAACUGUGCUGGAGCCACUGGUUCUUCGUCGGACCAAGACCAUGAAGACCCCGGAGGGUGAGCCUCUGGUUCCGCUGCCACGGCGGACAAUUCAGAUCGAGGAGGUUGAGCUGCCGGAGCAAGAGCGGGAGAUCUACGAUCUGAUCUACACUCGUGCCAAGCAGACUUUCAACAGCAACGUGGAGGCUGGCACUCUUCUGAAAUCGUACUCGACGAUCUUCGCACAGAUCCUCCGUCUCCGGCAAACGUGCUGCCACCCCAUCCUCACGCGCAACAAGGCCAUCGUAGCCGAUGAAGAAGACGCGGCAGCGGCGGCCGAUGGAGCCAGUGAUCUCAAGGACGACAUGGAUCUGCAGGAGCUUAUCGACCGCUUCAAAGCCGCCACAGAAGCCGCCGGCACGGAGCAGGCUGCGCAAGACUCGCAGGCCAAAUUCACCUCGCACGCCCUGCGACAGAUCCAGACCGAGUCCAGCGGGGAGUGUCCGAUCUGCUCCGAAGAGCCCAUGAUCGAGCCCGCGGUGACCGCGUGCUGGCACAGCGCGUGCAAGAAAUGCCUCGAGGACUACAUCCGCCACCAGACGGACAAGGGAGUCCCGCCGCGGUGCUUUUCGUGCCGCGGACCGAUCACCUCCAAGGAUAUCUUCGAGGUGAUCCGGCACCCGUCGCCCACCGCGACGCCCACUGAAGAGACCGAUAUAUACAACAGCACGCCGCCGCUCACCUUGCAAGCGCCGCCGCCGCCGCGCAUCUCCCUGCGACGCAUCCACCCUCUCUCCCCAUCGGCGCACACCUCCGCCAAGAUCCAAGCCCUCCUAAACCACCUCACCCGCCUCCCGUCGAACAACAAAGCCGUCGUCUUCUCCCAAUUCACCAGCUUCCUCGACCUUAUCUCUCCACAGCUCGCCCGCGCCGGGAUCCCACACGCUCGCCUCGACGGCACGAUGCCCCAGAAAGCCCGCGCCGAGACUCUCGCGCAGUUCAACCAGACGGAAACCUUUCUCGCGGAGGACGAGGUCGAGGAGGAUUCCGAGCCCCUUGCCGCUACUGACAAGUCUGCCCAUCCGCUCAGGAGAAGACCUACCCAGCCACCCUCAUCAGCCACUGCCAACCCCCGCGUCCUCCUCAUCAGUCUCCGCGCCGGCGGCGUGGGCCUCAACCUGACGGUCGCCAACCACGUCUUCAUGAUGGACCCGUGGUGGAGCUUUGCGAUCGAGGCGCAGGCGAUCGACCGGGUGCACCGCAUGGGCCAGCUGCGGGAUGUUUCGGUGACGCGGUUCGUGGUGAAGGACUCGAUCGAGGGGCGGAUGCUGCGGGUGCAGGAGCGCAAGAUGAACAUCGCGGGGUCGUUGGGGCUGAGGGUGGGUGGUGAUGGGUCGGAGGAUGAGAAGAAGAAGGAGCGGAUUGAGGAGUUGAAGUUGUUAUUUGAAUAGUGAUGUGUUGAUGGGCUGUGUCCGGGUGUAUGUAUAUAUGAUACCAUUUGCUUUUUCCGGCGAUCUAGAGGCGCUUAUCUAGACUAAUGCACUUGCAGUUAUG